CUGAUCGAUGCGGAAGUAAACAACAUUCGGCAGAACAGACAACACGGCGGACGAGAAAGGACCGUCUCUCCAAAUGACGUCUCUGAUUUGCACUUUACAAGCCCAUCGAGACGAUGUCAACUGGUGUGCCUUCUCUGGCAUGCUGCUUGCCACAUGCUCCGGAGACAAAACUCUCAGGAUAUACAGCACCCGUGACUUCUCUGAGCUGCCCUUCUCCCCGCUGUCAGGACAUGGAUACGGCGUCCACUGCUGCUGCUUCAGCACCUGCGGACAGUUUCUUGCCUCGUGUUCAACUGAUGCAACCACGAUGGUCUGGUCCAUGGUCACGGGCGAGAUUGAGGCCGUCCUGCAGCAUCCAGGUCGUAGUCCUGUGAGGAUCUGUGCGCUGUCUCCUGACUCUGCCCACCUGGUUUCUGGUGCAUCAGAUGGCACUUUGGCUCUGUGGGAUUUUCCCUCCAAAAAGUUGCUCAGGACCGGAGGAGUGAAUGACACGACAAUGGUAGCCUGCUCCUUCAGCCCCUGCAGUCAGGUGUUCAUGACCGGCUCCACCUACGGAGACCUGCGUCUGUGGGACCUGAACAUGAACCAGCUCCAUGCAGAGAAAAACGCCCACGACUUGGGUGUCACCUGCUGCACCUUCGCUCCCAGCAUCCUCAGUGGUGGUCAAGUCGUGCAGUUUCAUCUGGCAUCCUGUGGGCAAGACAGUCUCCUGAAGAUCUGGGUCAUUAACAAGUUCAACUCUGGAGCACAAUCCACUCUUCAUAAAAAAGGCUAUAAGAUGCAGCUCCUGCACACACUGACCGGCCAGUCGGCUCCGGUCCUUUCCUGUGCGUACUCCUCAGAUGGGCAGCUGCUUGUGUCUGGCUCUGUGGACAAAACUGUCACAGUCUAUGACGCUAAAAAUGCAGUUCUGCUUUACACACUGAACCAGCAUGAGAGGUAUGUGACGGCAUGCGCCUUCUCCCCAACUUCACCACUAAUUGCAACUGGAUCUAUGGAUAAGACUGUAAACAUCUGGAGGCUGGAGGACGGAUGCAGUGACCGUGGCGAGAAGUCGUUGCCUGAGCUGUCUGCUUUGACAUCAAGUGAAGGCAGAACCUCAGCAGGCCGGUCCAGGCUGCUGGUCAGCGAUUGGUCAGAGGGGGAUGUGUCAGCGUGGCUGGUGGAGGAAGGCCUCGAGGGAUUGGUGGACAAAUUCAUGGCCAACAACAUAGAUGGGACAGAGCUGCUCAGUCUCACCAAGGAAACACUGGCGUCAGAGCUGCACAUAGAGUCAGUGGGCCUGCGCAGUAAACUCCUGAGGAAAGUGGAGGAGCUGAAGAGUGAUUCAGUGUGUAUAGGCAUUCCUGAUGAGUUCCUGUGUCCAAUCACCAGAGAGCUGAUGAGGGAGCCGGUCAUUGCUGCUGAUGGAUACUCCUAUGAAAGAGAGGCCAUCGAGAGCUGGAUCAACACGAAGAACCGCUCCAGCCCCAUGACCAACCUCCCCUUACUGACGACUCUGCUCACCCCUAAUCACACCCUGAAGAUGGCUAUUGGCCGCUGGAAGACCAGCCACCAGCAUGUGAAAGACCUCUGACCCACAGUGCCCCAAAUAGUUUACCCAAAGUCUGUUGGCAUUGGCUGUAGAGAUGUCUGCCUUCUCUCAAACAUAAUGGAACUAGGUGGCACUUGGCUUGUGGUGCUCAAAGUGCAAAAAAACAGACCUCAUGAGCAGUUUCAUUGAGGAACUUUCUUCUCUGAAACUACACCCACCAAUCAUAUCACCGUGCAGAACAAGGAGUGCAUCUACUGCUAGCUCACCUAGCACCACUGAGCUUGCUAGUGUUAUAGCUCAGCUGAGGAGGACGCAAUUAAUGUUUACAUUUCGCACUGUCACAAGCAUGAGCCUCCCGUCCAUGAAAAGAUGCAAGCCUCCUCCUGCAAGGUAUUUUGGGUGAAGGAAAGAAAAUAGUUACGACAUGAAACUGCUCAAAACAAGGUCUAUGGAUUAUCUCAAGUAACUGGGACAUGAUUUUUGGAAAGAGACAUUGCUGUUGAGUUUUCGCCACAAGCCGAGUGCCAUCUAGUUCCAUUAUAUCAAAGAAAAGGCUAUCUCUACAGCCGAUAUCUCCAACACUUGGCAACUCACACCAAAACAAUCUAUAAUGAUAAAUAGCACCACAGGUUAAGAGGAGAAAUUUGUGUUUUUGAUUUGGAAGUGAACCGUCCCUUUAAUAUUCAUUAGCCUUUCAUCUGCUUUUUGGUCCGCCAUCUCCUUGGAAAAAGACCUUGGUCUCUUUGCUUCUCCUAAUAUUAGACUUUCCUCAUCAGUCAGUCACUUACUUUAGCUUUAAGUCAAUUUUAGUGCACAAAUGGUUUGUUCAGGCUGAUAAUAGACAGUGUUCUGGCCUGUUAAUCAGAAAAAAAGCUCUUUAUAAGUGCUAAACAGACACCUCAUGAAAAAAAAUAAUUCUGUAACACUCCAGGAUCCUAAUUAAAAAAAAAAACAUAUAAUAAGUGUACAUUAUAACAUUUUAAUUACCCAGGUAGCUAUUUUGUUGAACAAUGUAUAUUAAAAUGGGUUGCAUUUAUACAUAAAACAAUGAGAUGUGAGUGGCUUAUCAGUAAUGUAGAUUAGCUUACUGAAAACACUGUCUGCACUGUCUGUAUUUAAGCACUACAUUUUUAGAUUGUCAUUGCAGGACUUUGCUUAUACAAACCCUAUGGGAAUAGUGCUCACUCAAAGUAGUUAAGGGUUUAUACGCCUCGUUUCCACAGUUUGGUUGGUGUCCGUAUUUGGGUGUAGUAUACAGAGUAUGCCCCUAGUGUUCAACGCAAGGAACUGCAUCUCUGUACGGAUGGAUAAAAACGCCACCGCAGAAAUUGCGGAAAAGUUAGUUUCACUGUCCAGUGGUGCUGAAUAUGUGCAUUGAGCAGUACAAAGACAAAAACAGGACCAAUAAUGCAUGACGACAAAUUAGCAAGGAGGUCAGCCAGUCAGGCGCAUCAUCUUUAUCCACUAUGCGUGCACUCUAAAUGUUGUACAGCUAUCAUGCUACCAAUGUUAGCUAGCUUAACAUGCCAUCAAACUUGCCUAAUUAGAGCAGUUUUACAUUCAUUUAUCUGUUUGCUAAUUUGUUUCUAUGCUUGCUUCUUGUGGCACAUUAUUUUUAUUGAAUUUAAGCUAAUACCAGACCAAAAAAUAAAUAAAAAUAUGAGUUUCACAAACACAUUAAAGGUCACGGAGGUUCUCGUUGGAAUAAAAGGACUUCGGGUUAACUCACAUACGUACACAGAGCUAUGUGGAAACGAGGCGCUACUUCCCUGUGCAAGCUCAUACCCAGCUUUUAAUCAUGUAACGACAUUAAUGAAGACAUUUGUGCAAUAUUCAGAAAUUGCAUUGUCUGCAUUUUUAUACAAGUACUUUAUUUUGAUGAUGUGGUUAAAUGUCAGUUUGAUAAAGUUGGGUUGUACUGUGAAGCCUUUACCCAUCCAUACACAUUCUGAAGCUUAACAUUUUAUGUAUUAUACUGUGAAAGAAGUAGAUGUAGAAAUGUGGUCCUCCAUUAAUAUUUUAUUAUACCACAAUAAUAAUGUGGUAACAUUCUGUAAUCCAUAGUAUGACAUAGUAUGAAAGUGGGUAUAUGACAACUAUGGACAUACAGCAGCUGUAAGAAGUCUUAAGAUUCUCUAUCCUCGACUGCUGCCCGUGUAAAUGCUCUCUCUUUCUCUCUGUGUCCAAAUAAACCAAUAAACACUU